AUAACAAGCUGUGAGGUUCAAGCGGUUUCCGUCAGGCGGUGAACGUUCUGACUAUGCAGUAAUGCACAGGAUGGUGGAUGAAAAGAGGUGGCAUCUCUGGCGUGCUUUCUAUGUACCAACUAUCAGCUUGGAGCUUGUGGAAUCGCCCAAGGGGGUUGCCCAACAUGCCCGGUUCCAUGUCAAAUGCAAAGUCCGGACCCAUAUUGCCGUUGCCCGCAUCUGCAGACUCGAACAUGCGCGAGAAUAAGACCAGGCCAAGCUCUUCUCCCCCUCUCCAACCAGUCCCAGAGUGCGGCUAUACGAGUAAAUCGCCUGACACCUGGCUGUGGUUGCCCCCUGACCCGUCGACGACACCAUGGCCGAGCCAUCCUCCUCCAACCGUUCGAGCAUCGACCCCAGCAGCAACGACAACAGCCCGUCCCCGUCGUCAUCCGGUGCCCCAACAGACGCCGCAAAGAAGAGGACGAGGGCGAGCAAGCCCAAGGUCCGCACUGGUUGCAUCACCUGCAAGAUCCGCCGAGUGAAAUGUGACGAGGGCAAGCCCGCCUGCCUUCGAUGUACCUCGACCGGCCGGACUUGUGAUGGCUACGACAAGGCCGCACUCGCCCGCUACCGCCCGUCAGACCCAAACCAGUCGGCCGAGCUGGCAAGGGAAGAGUUUGUCAGGGCUUGCGAGUGGAACGAAGCGCUCCGGGCCAUGCGCCGUAUCGAGGCCGACAUCGAUGAGACCGAGACUGAGAAGCGUCUGUUUGCCCGCUUCCGGGUCGCCACCACCGACGGCCUUGCCACGCACUUGUGCAACCUCACCGCCUUUUGGAGGAGGCUGAACCCGUCCACCGGCUGCCAGGACGGGCCCGUGAAGCAUGCCGUGGUGGCGCUUGCAGCGGCUUAUGAAUUGUUCCAGCACCCAAACGAAUCGGUGAUCGACGGCGUCAGCAGAGGCGACCUUGAAGUCCUCACCAUCCAGCAGUACAACCGAUCAAUCGAGCGGCUGCAGAGUCAUGCAGGUUCGUCGGCCUUGGAGAGCAUUCAUGUAACACUCGUUUGCUGUCUCGCCUUCAUCUCGCUCGAGACGCUACGAGGGAACCACGAUGUGGCCGUAACCCAUCUGGCAAACGGCCUUCGCAUACUCCAGACGCUCCCCGAAUCCGCCUUCGACUGUCUCGCCGACGGCUCCCUUUUUGUCUGCCCUUCAGAUGGGGACUCGCUGAACAUGCCUGACAUCAUCCAGCUCUUCGCCCAACUCGAGCGGUCCUCCUGUUUCUUCACGCACGGAAUCCAGCCCGUCAUAUCCGACCACGGGUACCGCGUUCGCCGCUUCGACGACGGCUCAAGCGACAGCCUCUUCCCGAACGAGUUGCGCGCCCGCAUCGCAAUGUCUUGCUUCCAGCACGACGUCAUGACGCGUCUGCACGAGAUGGCUGUCGUCACGGCAGGCGGGACCGAAACCACGGCCGUGUUCAGGUCCGAUCCCGCCCAGCAAGAACAGCAAGCCUGCCUGCUCGCUCGCAGCGUCCGCGUCGGCGCCUUGGUCGCGAACUUCUUCUCCCCGGCCCGCUUCGGCAUGCCCGACCCAACCACUCCGGAGUUAGUCAACCUGUACCUCGACCUGCUGUACUUCCGCUGCGCGCAGUUCCUCGUCAGCGAGGCCUCCAGCCGUUUCGGGGACCCCUUUGCCCCGUACCACCACAAAACCACGCCGUUACCAUCCACCGAGAACCCAACCCCCCCAGACCACCCGGACCAUCUCCUCUCCUCCAUCCUCCAUCUCGCAAAUUCCCUCUCAACAGCCCUCUCUCCGCUCAGCUUCCAACCCUCCGCCCGGUCUCUCUCCACGCUCCACACCCACCUCGCCGGCCCGCUGUACCUCGUCGCGAUAAACACCCCAGACCCAGACACCCGCUCCGCCGCCGUGGGACUGCUGGCGGAGAGUCUUUACCAGCACCAACACCAACAUCGAGACGCACCGGGUAGUAGUGCAGGGUCAACAUCGAGCCAGAAGAGGGAUGCUCUGUUGUCGGCAUUGCGGCGCGUUAUCGAUGGCGCUGUUGACGGUGAGAGAGAAAAGAAGCAGGUUGGCGGCGGCGGUGGUGGUGGUGGGUUAUUAGCGGCAGAACUUCCGAGGGCGCUGACGGGCGGAGCGGGGUGUUUUCCGGUGCUUUGGGAUGGGUUGGUAGCGGCUGGGUUUGGGCGAGUUUGAAGUGCUUACGUAUCAUGGCAGAAGAGGAUGAGAAACAUGAAGAAGGUGAUGGAGGAGUAGGAGGAAGAAGAUAGAGGAGGAGGCUAGAGGAGGAAGAAGGGGAAGAGAAGAGACGAGGAAGAAAAGAUGUCGAGGGGAAGGUGAAAGAGGAGAAGGACAAAGGAGGACAAGGGAGGAACGGUACGGACUGAGUUUGACGAAGGAUGAUGAAUGUUGAGCGAUGGCUGUACAAUGCAGCUGUAACAAAGUUUGGACAGGCUGCGGCCAGAU